AUACUUAAGUCCGCUAUAAAACAUGUCAUCGUGCUCGUGCAUGCCAAAUGGGCUGUCAGUUGUGAUUGGGGAGUAACAAGUGGAUUCAACAGCGACACUUUUCCUGCACGGAGCUGCGCUCUACAUCUCUCGACUAUUGCGCUGUCUGAAUAAACCUGAGCAUCAUCAUGGACUCCGAUACCAGCCGAGUGUCUAGCCGACCUUCCUCCCCCGAAGUGCACGAUAUGUUUCUGCAUGCGAUGAAGAAGCAUAUGGUAGGCUUCUCCGGUACUGUCUCGUCCACACAGAGCGACUCUCCACCGGAGAUACCCGCGGACAUGCGGAGCCUCUCCGACGAUGAAGAUGAUAUCACUCUGAAAAUGCUGUCAAAGAAGGACCGUAAACUGCUAUCGGAGAACGAGCUGCAGGGGAUGCGACUGAAAAUCAACAGCCGGGAGCGGAAGAGGAUGCACGACCUCAACAUCGCCAUGGACGGUCUCCGGGAGGUUAUGCCUUACGCGCACGGGCCUUCGGUGCGCAAGCUUUCCAAAAUCGCCACUCUCCUCCUGGCGAGAAACUACAUCUUGAUGCUGAGCAACUCGCUUGAGGAGAUGAAGAGACUGGUCAGUGAGAUCUAUGGCAGCGGACACCACAGCAGCUUCCACCCCUCCGCCUGUGGGACCAUGGCGCACACUGGGCCACUGCCAGGCCAUCCGACUGUUUCCCACGCCUCCCACCCGGUGCACCACCCACUUCUUCCCCCUGCGGUCUCCACCGCAGCCUCUCUCUCAGCAACGGGUCUUACCUCGAUCAGACCCCACCAUGGACUCCUGAAGGCGCCCUCGGCCGGUCCGGGCCCCUUGGGCAGCAGUUUCCAUCACUGGGGCGCAGGGAUGCCCUGUCCGUGCAGCAUGUGCCAGGUGCCACCUCCACAUGUGUCCGGCAUGAGCGCUGUCACCAUGUCCAGGCUGACGAGUGACUCCAAAUGACUUGGAACACUUGUCAUAGAACGAGAGCAGGAGAAAAGUGAAAAUAACUUUCGGCUGUAGACGUCACCCUGCAUCUUAGUCCAUAUAAACACAUUUUUGUAUGUUAUUUAUCUGUUGCUGAAAUUAGCUUUGGAUUGAGCCAGCAGAAAUUCCCUACUUUAUCAAAACUGGAAGAGCGCUACUAACAUAGCAUUUUGUAACAGUUUUUAGCGUAAUUAAUAAAAGGUGCUUUAAAGACCCAUUUUAAUAUUCAAUAAUGGCCAUCAAUUCACUGGUUGCAAACCUUUCUUACAUUGUGGCUGCCAGGAAUAUACACAAUUCACAUGGAAUUACUGAUGGCUUUUUUUAAUGUUCUGGAUCAUUAUUUAAUGUAAUGUUCUGGAUCAUUAUUUAAUGUAAUGUUCUGGAUCAUUAUUGAACUUUAAGACUAGCCCAUUCCGAGACCGAAUAAACUAAACAACACUAUUUAGAUUUACCAAACUGGACGAGAGCACAAUGGUAAUGUAGAUUGUAAAUAUGUAGAUUCAGAAUUCUGUUUAUAUAGUACGAGAGAUUUUAUAUCAAGCCUUUUGGUUCAUGUUUGGAUUGACCCCGUUGUUAGCAUGUCUGCUUUCAGCCAUGUAGAGCUGGUACCAUGUUGCACCUGCUUCUUCCUCUGCCUCUUGUAUAAUAUGUCCCUUCAGUGUUCUCUCUUCGACGUCACUGCCGAGCCUAGAUGGCUGUUUUCUUGUGUAUAGUUCUAUUUCCAUUGUGUGUUGCCACGCAUGUCAGUCACCGCACGACACCAAGAACGAUCACUUCUUUAUGUUUCAUAUAUAUAUAAAAAAAAAGUCCUAAAUGAUAUUUAUUUACUUAUUUUCACUGGGAUUUCAAAUGAAUCAAUGACGAUGAUUAUUUGGGGAUUUUAAAUGUUAAAUAAAACAAGUUUAAUGAUA